UGAGGCCAGUGUCCUGCCCUGAGCUGGACACAACCUCCUUCCUCUGUGCCAGGACGCUGACGGGACAGGCAGCACACGAGCCUCCACCAUGAACGACAUCUACAAGGCAGCGGUUGAGCAGCUGACGGACGAGCAGAAAAACGAGUUCAAGGCCGCCUUCGACAUCUUCGUGCAGGAUGCGGAGGACGGCUGCAUCAGCACCAAGGAGCUGGGGAAGGUGAUGAGGAUGCUCGGGCAGAACCCAACCCCGGAGGAGCUGCAGGAGAUGAUUGACGAGGUGGACGAGGACGGGAGCGGCACGGUGGACUUCGACGAGUUCCUGGUCAUGAUGGUGAGAUGCAUGAAGGACGACAGCAAAGGGAAGUCUGAGGAGGAACUGGCGGAGCUGUUUCGCAUGUUCGACAAGAACGCAGACGGUUACAUCGACCUGGACGAGCUGAAAAUGAUGCUGGAGUCUACGGGGGAGGCCAUUACGGAGGACGACAUCGAGGAGCUGAUGAAAGACGGGGACAAGAACAACGACGGAAAAAUUGACUACGAUGAGUUCUUGGAGUUCAUGAAAGGAGUGGAGUAAACCCUGAACCAGAGACGAGGCCACGGUGUUAUUGUUGUACGUCCACGCGGAAAGCCGGAAGCUGAUUUUGGAAUCCCGCUGAUAGAAACGAUGGGGACGACUUUGCAAGACUCGAAUACUGCAGCUGAAUGUUUGUGCGUUUUUUUUUUCUUUUUUCUACCAUCUUUUGCAUCGUUCUAAAUACAGUCUGUAACUACUUUUCGGUGCCCGUGUAUACAGAAUUUGUGUAAAUGUAUCCAAAUGACUUACGUUUCCCUUUUGAGAAGCUGGUGUUGUUUAGCUGCAACGUGACGCAUGACGUGGUGCACGAGGCAUACUCCAAGAGCAGCGGUACUGAUCCAGUUAGUGUGCUGCACGCGUGUGUCCUGGUGUGCACGUUGUGUACAUUUCGGUAUGUUUAGGAGACCCUCUGGGCUCUUCAGCCUCCUCUCGGGGGCCCCUGGAAUGCAUAUCUAUCAUACUGCAACACUAAAUGUCAGUUUGAAAUGUGCACCCAUGUAAUAAACACGAUGCAUUUGUCGGA